UUUCCCUCCCAUUAAUUCGUAAAUCAGUUUUUUCUCUGCUGCCUUUGUUGAGUUCUUUUAUAAAAACAGAUUGAGUUAACCGAAUCAACACACAUUAAAACACCAUGAUAACGGUAGCUCCUUCAGUUGACACCAAAGAAGUGUCUUCCCCUAAAAAUGCUACUUCUACAGACCAAAACCAGAACCAAAACCAAAACCAAAACCAACCUUGUUGUUCUCCCCAAACUACCCACGUCUUCAAAUCAAAAUUACCAGACAUACCCAUCUCCAACCACCUUCCCCUCCACACAUACUGCUUCGAGAAACUAUCCGAAUUCGCCGACCGUCCAUGUCUCAUCGUCGGCUCCGCCGCCAAAACAUACACCUACGCCGAGACCCACCUCUUUUCCCGAAAGAUCGCCGCCGGCCUGUCCAACCUCGGCAUCCACAAAGGCGACGUCAUCAUGAUUCUCCUCCAAAACUGCGCCGAGUUUGUCUUCUCCUUCAUAGCAGCCUCCAUGAUCGGCGCCGUCGCAACCACCGCCAACCCAUUCUACACCUCCGCCGAGAUCUUCAAGCAAUUCACCGCUUCCAAAUCGAAGCUAAUCAUCACUCAGGCAAUGUACGUGGACAAGCUCCGCCAGCACGAGGACAUGAAACUCGGGGAAGACUUCAAGGUGAUCACCGUCGACGACCCGCCGGAGAAUUGCCUACAUUUCUCGGUGAUCUCGGAGGGGAACGAGAACGAAGUGCCGGAGGUGGAGAUCAACCCUGAUGACGCGGUGGCGCUUCCGUUUUCCUCCGGCACGACGGGGUUACCGAAGGGAGUGAUUCUGACACACAAGAGCUUAACAACGAGCGUAGCUCAACAAGUGGAUGGAGAGAACCCGAACCUGUAUCUGAAUACCGAAGACGUUCUGUUAUGUGUGCUUCCGUUGUUUCACAUAUUCUCGCUGAACAGUGUGCUGUUAUGCGCGCUGAGAGCGGGGAGUGCGGUUCUUCUUAUGCACAAGUUUGAGAUAGGGACGUUGCUGGAUCUGAUACAGCGGUAUCGGGUGACGGUGGCGAUGGUGGUGCCGCCGCUGGUGCUGGCUCUUGCGAAGAAUCAGAUGGUGGCGGAGUUUGAUCUGAGCUCUAUCCGGUUGGUGCUGUCAGGGGCUGCGCCGCUGGGAAAGGAGUUGGAAGAGGCUCUCCGGAACAGAGUGCCUCAGGCUGUUUUGGGACAGGGUUACGGCAUGACAGAGGCAGGUCCGGUGCUAUCCAUGUGCUUGGGAUUUGCAAAGCAAUCGAUCCCAACAAAAUCAGGGUCAUGUGGCACUGUUGUAAGAAAUGCAGAGCUCAAAGUUGUUGACCCUGAAACUGGUUCUUCUCUUGGCUAUAAUCAACCCGGUGAAAUUUGCAUUCGAGGCCAACAAAUCAUGAAAGGAUAUCUGAACGAUGAGAAGGCUACAGCAACGACUAUCGAUGCAGAGGGUUGGCUUCAUACCGGUGAUGUUGGCUAUAUAGAUGAUGAUGAUGAAAUUUUCAUCGUUGACAGGGUGAAGGAACUCAUCAAAUUUAAAGGCUUCCAGGUGCCUCCAGCAGAACUUGAAGGGCUUCUUGUAAGCCACCCCUCCAUUGCAGACGCAGCUGUUGUCCCACAAAAGGAUGUUGCUGCUGGUGAAGUUCCUGUUGCUUUCGUGGUGAGGUCAAAUGGCUUUGAUCUAACUGAAGAGACCGUAAAGGAGUUUAUAGCUAAACAGGUUGUGUUUUAUAAAAGACUGCACAAAGUUUACUUUGUUCAUGCAAUUCCGAAGUCUCCAGCAGGGAAGAUAUUAAGGAAAGACCUCAGAGCAAAGCUAGAAACGGCAACCCAGACGCCCUAGAGCCUAGAACCCUUUUUUUUGGGGAGCAAUAUCUUCCUUAUUUAUUUAUUUUUGUUCUAGGUCUCACACGUGUCAUUUAUGUUUUGAUGCUUCACGGCACAAAGCCAAUUCGAGAAGCACUUGCACUUCCUCAUAAUUCAUUGUAAUUUUACGACCAU